AUGGAUCCACAGGAAGAGUCCAUUGGCGUAUCGGGAGUAGUUUCAACAUCACGCAAAAGAAGAAGAUUAUCACCAACAUGCGACAAGGAUUCGCUGGAGCCUAUCACACCGGCGUCAGAUGCUCCCAGCCCGGACUGCCAGGGUCGCAAUGUGCAUGUUUCUGCAACAGAGAUCCUCAAACCUAUGGAAUGUUCAAGUGGGGCUAUCGACUCUUGCGACAGUGGAAGGUUCCAUCUGCUCGCUUUCGGGUGUAAUAUGUAUGGCCAAUUGAUCAACGAACCCGGCUGGAAGAUCGAGACGAAAUGGAAAGCGACGGAGGUAUAUACCGAUUGGUUGAAGAACGAGAACGCGGAUAGAGACGAUAUCCCUGCAGAGCCGACGCGGGAGCCUAAUUUAUUCACGUCUGUGGAUACCCCCACGGUUGUGAUGGCAGCUAGGAAGUCCAUGCGGGUUUUGUAUGUGGGGACUAACAGCAUAUGUGUCGAGCGGGACGGGAAUAUCUACCUCCGUGGCCUCCUCCCGACGUUUGCACCAGGUCACUCUGAAAAACUCCGGGAGCUUGCUAUCCCGCUUCCCCUAGGGGUUCAGGCACAUAAUGUUACGAAAGCAUUCGGGACCCGAUGGGCAUUCCUUGGCCUCGUACUAUCUGACGGGAGAAUCUGUUCAUUUUCACUAACGGAUUGGUCGUUCAAUAUGCUCCAUUGUGAUGCAACUGAGAACCUGGUAUAUGAUAUCCAGGUAAACAGAAUUGGUGAAAUGUGUUUUCUGUGUUCAUCUUCCUCCAUGGAAUGUGGGCCAGGAAACUCAAUAAUAAGAGUCUACCCCCCAAUACCUUCGAUUGUAGAGCAUCUCUACGAUGCCUCGUUAGAAUCACUGACAUCAAAUACUAUCUCUCCAAUAUCAGCUUUUAAUCUGGGUCUAGGCUUUGAUGAUGGUAUUCUACAGCAAGAGGUAUUCACAUCGAUCGCCUCCACGUCUACUGGGUUUAUCGCCCUGACUUCAAAUGGCAAUAUAUACACAUACGGUGAUAAUCGGUUUAACUCCCUAGGUCGCCCACCUGAUGCUACUAGGGCUAAUGCACAAGGCUGGGGUCAAGUUACAGCUCUCGAGGGGAUAGUUAUAAAAAGUAUCGGAGCAAAUCCUGGUGGACAUGUACAGGGCGCUUUAGCAGACGACGGGACAGUAUAUAUAUGGGGUGGCGAUGGAACUGAGAACAUAAACGUUCCAUUUGACUCUGAUCCCGGGGACUUAAAGCAGGACGAAGAUGUCACUAUGGUUGAUAUAAUUCACCCUGAUACUGGUGAGCCAGUGGGGUUCGACGGUGUUUAUGUAGGGGAAGAUUAUGUUGUGCUGGUCGAGGAAGGUGGUAAAGGUGACUGGGUAUCUGGGGCGAGUGAUAUGGGACAAACGGGAUUUGGGACGGAGUAUAGAUGUUUGCCAACAGCUCUGGAGGUUGACGAGGAAGUAAAGAGACAGAAAGGAGGGUGGAGGAGACUAGACCUUGAAAUCAUACGAGAUAGUAUGAAGAUGGUGCAUGUUAGUUGCGGAUUUGGGUGUACACUUAUACUCUUGGGUUCGAAUCUCGAGACUUGGAACUAG